GUGACAAUAUGUAAAAAUUUCUUAAACUUACAAUUCGAACGAAUUUGUUAUUUUGUAGCUGAGUUUGAUCAUGGUAUGUGAUAGUUUGAUGACUGAGAAGAGACUAAUACGUUGUUCUAUAGUUACGCAUUUGCAACUGUAUAAAAAUUAAAAGCAAAAUAUUUUGCAGCAAUUUAGAUAAAUUAUGUAUAGUUUCUAAUAUUCGGGAAACAACGAUAUGACUUCCUUGGAAACAGUUUAACGUGCACCUUACGCAUGUUAUGGGGAGCAUCGAUGAAUAAUUGAGUAAGAACAUGUGUUCUCCCUUUUACUCUUUUCGCUUAUUAUUGAAAAGAAUGGAAUACUGAAACAGAGGUACAAAUUGAAGUAAUUUUAUUUUUACCGAUAUUAUGAAAAUUGCUUUUCAGUGUUGUUGGAAAAAUACAGUCGUAUUCUUAUUCCACGAUUAUCGUCGUUUGGGGAUAUCAGUCGUUCAAAAUUCAGAUAAAAUAUGAAGAGGAACAAUAUGAGAAUGGUCGUGCGACAGUCAUGUCGCAGUUCUUGUAUGAAGUGCAUGCUAUUGAAGAGCGCUACUACAGAAUUAAUCGGGUUAUUCUGAAAUCGCUCGGUUUAUGGCCUUAUCAGCAAUCAUUUUUUACUCGAAUACAGAAAAUGUUGUUUGUCAUUAUUCUGAUAACAUGUAUUAUUGCCCAGCUGCUGUCAUUUGUUACAAUGCAGUAUAAUAGAGAUCUUGUUUUUAAGAUUUUCUGCUUUCUUUUUCCUAUUAGUUUUGGUACAACAAAAUAUUGCUGUUUUAUUAUUCAGACAGAUUCUGUGAAAGGACUGCUGGAACAUAUGCGAAAUGAUUACAAUUUAUUGAAAACUAAAUUGGAAAUUGAUAUUAUUGAAAAAUACGCUUACAACGCAAAGCUAUUCACAAUUAUUGUAAUGGUGUUUUGUCACGGUUUCAUAUUUUUUACCGUAAUAUUUCAAUUUUGGCCAGUGAUUCUCAAUAUUAUGUUACCAUUGAACGAAUCACGACCAUGUCGAUUAAUCAUAGUCGCGGAAUAUUUCGUCAACCAGGAGAAAUAUUAUUUCGCUAUAUUGUUACAUGAAUCAUUAGCUGUGUACAUAGGAAUGAUCGGAUUGAGUUCCGUUGGUGUCACAUUUGUAAUAUAUAUUUUGCAUUCGUGUGCACUGCUUAAAAUUGCCAGUUACCGAGUGGAAAACGUGUUCGAGAUGAGUGUGUUAGCUAGUCCUCGAAAAGAAUAUCUUCUUCAUCGGAGGAUUGCAGAUGCGGUCGUUGUACAUCGAAAAGCCAUCGAGUGUAUAGAAUAUUUUAUGUCUAAUUUUACGUUAUUAUUCAUUAUUCUGGUCGCAAUGGGUAUCACUUCUUUGAGUUUCAGUCUUUUUCAAUGUUUUCUGCUAUUUACAGUAGAGAACGAUGUUAUUGAGAUCUUUAUAAUAAUUGUAUUCAUAUUUGCUCAUUUGAGUUAUUUGUACAUCGGUAACUAUGUUGGGCAAGCAUUAACGGAUCAUGGAACAAAUUUUUUCAAAGCAACUUAUAAUGGAUUGUGGUACAUAGCACCGGUGCAUACUCAGAAAUUAAUAUUAUUUUUAAUGCAAAAAGGAGCAAAAGAUGUAACUAUGACACUUGGUUCUAUACUCGAUGCUUCUUUGCAAAGUUUUGCUGCGCUCACAAAUAUGGCAGUAUCCUAUUUUAUGAUGAUGUAUCAAACUCUAUAAUUAAAAACCGAUGGAAGCGAAGUUUAUCAAUCAGAGGGGAAGGUCGAAGUAUCGAGAGACGGCAAGUAUCUCAGCACUUUGCAACAUGGCAAGGUGCUAGGUGAACUCGCGAUUCUUU